AUGGCCAAGUUCAACCUCCAAGCCCUCCUCGUAGGGCUCCUCGCCACAAAUGCUUCCGCAGCUCUAGACGGAAGCCGGUAUCUGUGGUAUACCUCUCCCGCCACAGACUGGGAGACUGGCGUUCUUCCCAUUGGAAACAGUCGCCUCGGCGCGGCCAUCUUCGGAGGCGCCAAUGAAGUCGUCACCAUCAACGAAGAUACCCUGUGGGAUGGCCCGCUGCAGAAUCGCAUCCCUGCAAAUGGGCUUGCUGCUCUGCCAAAGGUCCGCCAGAUGCUGGAAGCUAACAGCCUGACUGCGGCGGGCAAUCUCGUUUUGAGUCAGAUGACUCCUCCUAUUUCGGGCGAGAGACAAUUUAGCUAUUUUGGCAAUCUGAAUCUCAACUUUGGGCAUUCAUCGGGUGGGAUAUCGAAUUACAUCCGCUCGCUUGACACGCGACAGGGCAACUCCAGCGUGUCUUAUACAUACAACGGAGUCACGUACACUCGUGAAUACGUUGCGAGUACCCCAGCUGGUGUCAUCGCAGCUAGGUUCACAGCCAGCAAAGCCGGUGCUUUGAGCGUCAGUGCUACAUUCUCGAGAAUCUCAAACAUUCUGAGCAAUGUGGCAUCAACAUCUGGGGGUGCCAAUACUUUGACCUUGCAAGGGUCCAGUGGGCAAGCUGCUUCAGACAACCCCAUUCUGUUUACUGGCACAGCUCAGUUUGUAGCCAGCGGAGCUACUUUCAGUACAUCUGGAGGCACCCUCACCAUCAGCGGCGCAACCACCAUCGACGUCUUUAUCGACGUCGAGACAAGCUAUCGCUACCCCUCAGCCAGCGAUCUCGCCGCUCAAGUCAACAGCAAACUCAGCGCAGCAGUAUCGCAGGGCUUCCAGAAAAUCCACGACGGAGCCAUCGCCGACGCCAGCGCUCUCCUGGGCCGCGCCAACAUCAACCUCGGCACAUCUCCCAACGGCCUCGCCAGCCUUUCUACAGACCAGCGUGUCAAGAAUGCUCGCAGCAGCUUCAAUGACCCGCAGCUUGCGGUUCUUGCGUGGAACUAUGGGCGUCAUUUGCUUGUUGCCUCUUCUCGCAAUACUUCUGCUGCUAUUGAUAUGCCUCCUAAUUUGCAAGGUGUCUGGAAUAACCAGACAAGUGCACCUUGGGGAGGAAAGUUCACAAUUAACAUUAAUACCGAGAUGAAUCUCUGGCCUGCUGGUCAGACUAAUCUCAUUGAGACUCAGCUGCCGCUCUUUGAUCUCAUGAAAGUGGCUCAGCCCCGGGGUCAGCAGAUGGCUCAGGAUCUCUAUGGCUGCAACGGUACUGUCUUCCACCACAACUUGGAUGUUUGGGGAGACCCAGCGCCAACGGAUAAUUACACUUCGAGCACCAUGUGGCCAAUGGGAGCAACAUGGUUGGUGCAGCAUAUGAUUGAGCAGUACCGCUUCGGCGGUGACUUAAAUCUCCUUCGAAGUGCAACCUACCCUUAUCUCCUUGACAUUUCUAAGUUUCUCCAGUGCUACACAUUCAGUUGGCAGGGGAACCUCGUCACUGGUCCGUCUCUCUCUCCCGAGAAUACGUACGUCGUGCCCAGCAACGCUACUGUCUCUGGCCAACAGGAGCCCAUGGAUCUGGCCCCUGAGAUGGACAACCAGCUUAUGCGAGACGUCAUGAAGGGUAUCAUUGAAGCAGCCGCUGCUCUUGGCAUCUCCAGCAGCGACAGUAAUGUCCAGGCCGCCACCAACUUCAUCCCGCAGAUUCGAACUCCUCGCAUUGGCUCUUAUGGCCAGAUCCUGGAGUGGAGAUAUGAAUACGGCGAGACCGACCCUGGCCACCGCCAUCUUUCUCCCAUGUACGGCCUUCAUCCAUCCAACCAAUUCUCACCUCUUGUCAAUACUACGCUCAGUGCAGCUGCCAAGGCCCUUCUCGAUCAUCGCGUCGCCAGCGGCUCCGGUAGUACAGGUUGGAGCCGCACAUGGCUGAUGAACCAGUACGCUCGUCUCUUCUCCGGAGCUGACGUGUGGAAGCAUCUUGUCGCCUGGUUCGCCGAGUAUCCCACGCCUAAUCUCUGGAACACAAAUGAUGGGUCUACUUUCCAGAUCGAUGGCAACUUUGGCUUAACAAGCGGAUUGACGGAGAUGCUGCUGCAGAGCCAGACUGGUACAGUUCAUCUUCUGCCAGCUCUGCCUGGAUCUAACAUCCCCACUGGAAGUGCCCAGGGAUUGAUGGCCAGGGGUGGCUUUGAGGUAGACAUUAACUGGUCAGGUGGAAGUUUGACAAGUGCAACCGUAACAUCUACGCGUGGAGGAUCGUUAACAUUGAGGGUGGCUGGUGGACAGAGCUUCAAGGUCAAUGGGGCUACCUACUCGGGGUCUAUUCAGACGACUUCGGGGACGAAGUACUCCAUCACUGUCUGA